AGAUCUUAUAGUUGGACCGAAAUUAUCAGCCUAGCUGAGGGUCAUAUCUAGAGGCUCUAAUCGCCAAGUCUGUGAGAAGACAUCAGGGGUACUUUCCCAGUAACACAAUAUUUGUUUAAAUCCACCGAUGGCAACGCAUGAUUUUCAAGAAGCUGAGACAUCUCACGCCCCAGCAGAGGUACUACCGUUAAAUCGCAUCAAAAAGCUGAUGAAGGAAGAAGCUGAUGUGAAGGCCGUGGCAGCAGAUGCCAGCUAUGCUGCAGCCAGAGCCACGGAGUUCCUUAUUGAAGCGAUGGCAGCGAGGGCAUUCCAAGUUACGCUAGCAGAAAACAGAGACACAAUCAGCUAUGGUGAUGUUGCAACUUCGGUGUCUCAAUGGGCUGCAACAGAGUUUCUGAGAGACAUUGUUCCUCAGAGAGUACCCUUGUCAGAGAUCAUCAAACGGCUGAGAACUUCGAAUGAGCAGAGCCAAGCAGCCGGAAAUGGUGAGGUCAUAGAUGGAAAAGAUGAAGUCAUGCACACACCGAAUGGCGGAAUUGUGCAGUCCUGAUUAGCAGAAUUUCCAUAAUGGAAAAAGAGGAAAUCUGGUCAGGGGUUUUACGAAUGAUGGAAUGUGUGCUGAAAGAUUGCGGUGGUCUGUUUCAUCUGAAUGCACCCCUUCGUACUAUUUUAUAAGCCAGCGAUAGCCUGAGCCGGCCUUUAGGGGGAGAAGAUUGCUCAUUGGUUCGAGACAUCGUAUCACAGGGCAUUGUCAUAGAGCUGUGUAUCUGCGUACAUCUGUGCAGGGUGCCUCUCAGAAGGGUAGCGGUAUACUUAGCCAAUGUUUCUUGGAGCCGCCUGUCUGGCUGUUGAGCUCCUCUCAGAGGCUGCUGUACAGUCACAUCGUGGACAAGUUGAUCUGCUUCAAGGAUUGUAGUUGUUUUUAUCUCAGUUUUGUAUAUCCUCAGGGUGCAUGGUCCCCUAUAGAUUCUUCAUGCCUCCUGUGAACACUGCAGUGUUGGCAUAGGAUGCCAACUUGGCAUUGCAAUUGUCAAUAGAAUUUGAGGCCUAGGAAGAUCCUGUGACUGGGCCUGAUGUCUGUGUGGUUGCAUCUUCAAGGUUUAAGUUUAUAUGCAUCAC